AGCCUCCCAGAGGACAGUUGGAAAGGCAGGAAGGCAGAGAGCCGCUCUGGGAGGAGACGGGGGGAGGAGGGUGCAGGGCGGGGGCCACUCGGCCAGGAGCCUUCGAGGUGGGCCUCCUGGGCAGGGCAAGUGACUGAGGUGUGGAGGGGGGAGGAUGCGCCUCUCCAAAACCCUUGUCGACAUGGAUAUGGCCGACUACAGCGCUGCGCUGGACCCCGCCUACACCACCCUGGAGUUCGAGAACGUGCAGGUGUUGACCAUGGGCAAUGACACAUCUCCAUCAGAAGGUGCCAACCUCAGUGCAGCCAACAACCUGGGCGUCAGCGCCUUGUGCGCCAUCUGCGGGGACCGGGCCACGGGCAAGCACUACGGCGCCUCGAGCUGCGAUGGCUGCAAGGGCUUCUUCCGGCGGAGCGUGAGGAAGAACCACAUGUACUCCUGCAGAUUCAGUCGGCAGUGCGUGGUGGACAAAGACAAGAGGAACCAGUGCCGCUACUGCAGGCUCAAGAAGUGCUUCCGGGCUGGCAUGAAGAAGGAAGCCGUGCAGAACGAGCGGGACCGGAUCAGCACACGCAGGUCAAGCUAUGAGGACAGCAGUCUGCCCUCCAUCAACGCGCUCCUGCAGGCCGAGGUCCUGUCCCAGCAGAUCACCUCCCCUGUCUCCGGGAUCAAUGGCGACAUCCGGGCAAAGAAGAUCGCCAGCAUCGCGGACGUGUGCGAGUCCAUGAAGGAGCAGCUGCUGGUGCUCGUGGAGUGGGCCAAGUACAUCCCGGCGUUCUGCGAACUCCCCCUGGACGACCAGGUGGCGCUGCUCAGAGCCCACGCCGGCGAGCACCUGCUGCUCGGAGCCACCAAGCGAUCCAUGGUGUUCAAGGACGUUCUGCUGCUCGGGAACGACUACAUCAUCCCGCGGCACUGCCCGGAGCUGGCGGAGAUGAGCCGGGUGUCCAUGCGCAUCCUCGACGAGCUGGUGCUGCCGUUCCAGGAGCUGCAGAUCGAUGACAACGAGUACGCCUGCCUCAAAGCCAUCAUCUUCUUCGACCCAGAUGCCAAGGGGCUGAGUGACCCGGGUAAGAUCAAGCGGCUGCGGUCGCAGGUGCAGGUGAGCCUGGAGGACUACAUCAAUGACCGCCAGUACGACUCGCGCGGCCGCUUUGGUGAGCUGCUGCUGCUGCUGCCCACCCUGCAGAGCAUCACCUGGCAGAUGAUCGAGCAGAUCCAGUUUAUCAAGCUGUUCGGCAUGGCCAAGAUCGACAACCUGCUGCAGGAGAUGCUGCUGGGAGGAUCCUCCAGCGAUGCCACUCAUGCCCAUCACCCCCUGCACCCUCACCUGAUGCAGGAGCACAUGGGCACCAACGUCAUCGUCGCCAACACCAUGCCCGCUCACCUCGGCAACGGGCAGAUGUGUGAGUGGCCCCGACCCAGGGGGCAGGCAGCCACCCCUGAGACGCCGCAGCCCUCACCGCCAGGUGGCUCGGGGUCUGAGCCCUACAAGCUCCUGCCAGGAGCCGUCGCCACCAUCGUCAAGCCCCCCUCCGCCAUCCCGCAGCUGACCAUCACCAAGCAAGAAGUCAUCUAGCAAGCCGCCGGGGGUCGGGGGCUCUGCUGGCCCCCCAGCCCCCUCAGAGAGCCCCUGGUGGUCCCUCCACCACAGUGAAGGGAGCUGUGACCCGAACAGGGCCAGCCCCAGAGCAGGAAUGAAAAGGGCGAAGGGCCCAAGAACUUGGGCCGUGGACCGCAUCCCAUUGCCACCCUCCACCCCUGCUCUAGACGCGGGGCUCCGACCUGGGGACACCCCAGCUGGACACCCUCGGCUGCCUGGGACAACUUCGCUGAAGCCACUGCCUUCCGCUCAUCCGCUCCUGCCCCACCCACUUCGCCAGCAGAGGACCUCACUGCAGCCUGGCCCCUCCCCCUCAGGCCGGCCCUCCCCUCCCAGCGCUGCGCAGUGUCCACACCCGGGAGCCCCCACGGUGGGGUCGGCUGGGUCGCAUCAAGACCCCUUACUUACUCCUCCCUGCUCGGCUGCCCCACCCUCCAGUGCUCCUCUCCGUCUGCCGCAGCCACCGCAGCCUGUCAGCGUCCCCAGAGCCACCUCUCCAGAGCCCGAGGAAGACUUGCGAACGACUCUCCCAGUCACUUGGGAGCGUUUCCGGAGCCCUGCCGGGCUAAGCGCAGUGUAGCAGAUCGUGGAGAAGGAAGGCGCUUUCUGCCUCUGACCCACCGGUCUUCCUUUCCUCCGGGCCUUGGGUCGGACCCCUGGGGGGACCCCUUGGCUGGGAGUGAUGAUCCCUACGGACUUUCAACAAUGAAAGAACAAUUCGGGGUGGACAACCGCAACAGGAGCUGGCCGGGAAGGCCGGGCUGGUCAGAGAGAGCGCCCACAAAAGGGCAGACUGCGCACUCGGCCCCUAAGGCAGGGUCGGAUUCUGGCUUGUGCAGCCAGGGAGACAGGAUGUUCCAAGGGAGGUCAGAGCGCCUGGGCGAGGCCUGGAGGCCAGAAGAAGGGCCGUCUGGAGCGGAGGGGGCAUGCCGGGCUGCACGGGGGCCUCGAGCGCCAGACUGAGAGGCAUUGGUGCUUGGGCUCCUAGGCCCUGGGUACUUGGGAAGGGAGUGCAGCCAGCUGAGCUUCCAGACGCUGCAGACAGCAGUUCUGCGGAGGUGGGAAGGAGCAAGGAGAUCGGGCGAUGCCGUGUCCCCAGUGAGAGAGGCGAGGCUCAGGGGUGGAGAAGGACGGGUGAGUGCCCAGGUCAGAGUGACGUUGGCUUGGGGGGCAGUGGAAUUACAUGCCAGGGCCCGUCUCAAGCUCUUUCAUACUCGCGGGACUAUCUCAGGGCACUUUCCAUGCAUCAGCUCCUUUCCCGGUCCCCACCACCCAGAGAUCCGUAUAGACGAUGACACUGGGACCUAAGAGGCUGUGAGUUUCUGGAACUCACGGAGCUGGUAAGGGGCCAAGUCAGGGCUGGGUCCCAGGUCCACCUGGACCAGAACAGGAGCUUUUAACCAGGGUGGCAGAACCUCUUCCCUGCAAGGACCCUUCAGUCCUCACUGGGCUAGAGCUGAGGGACUUCCUGCCCCCUCCCCCAGCCUUAGGAGCCGAAAUAUCAUGCUUUGCGGGAGCCCUGCCCACGCCCAGAACUAAGAUUCGCAUGAGGAUGCACUCAGGUCCAUUUAGGGUCCAGAAUCCUGUCUGCUGAUAAACAAGAAGAAUUCAUAGCUCUUGGGCCCUUUUCCCUCUUCACUCCUGGCUCUGGGGGGCAGUCACUCAGGGUAGAUCCGGUUCCUGACGGUCCAGGAGUGGGCCAGUUUGCGGGGGCAGGGGACAGGUCUGAGCCUGCGACUUGCUCUGGGGCGCGUCACUCAGGGUACAUCUGGUGGGAAUUAAAGCUGGGACCAGAGCUGUGCUUAAGUAGGGGGGGUGAACAGUCAGACUGGUUACCGACACCCCAGCCAGGGAUGACCCUUCUGAGCAGACGGGGGCAGUACCCCCACGCCCCCACAUUCCAUCAUUAGUGAUUGUUGCCUUUGGCAAAAAGAGGCGUGGAGGGUACUGAGACCGUGUGUCCGAGAGAAACCUCUACAUCUCCAGUGCUGGCAGGGUGGGCCGUCCCCACUCCGGCGAGCCAAGUCCCCACCCCCGGAGCAAGUCCUCCCUGCUCAGAGCUCUCGGGCCUUCCUCUGCCACGUCUCGUUUGGGUCCCCCAGACACCCCAGCGGGGGGCUCAGACUGGCCUGGGGCACAGUCGGGAAGCCAGAGUCCUUCUGGUCGUCGAGGUCAUUCCCACUGCUGGCUCUCCUGCCCUCACUGUCACAGUGGCCAUGCUGAGACAACGAUUUCCUGCAAGGCGGAGUGGCGUGAUAGUGGCUUUUCGUGGUAUCAGUUUUCUGGGGCAGGGGUCAGUCCUCUGCCCAAAUAACCAACCCUUCUUGGAGGAGAACUCCGUCCCACUUCAAUGCUUGGAUUGCAGUGCAGGAAACAAAACAAAGGCACGUUUGCUCCUCUGAUUCUCCACUGAGACACCACAUUGGGAAUUUUUUUUUUUGUCUACCUGAGUUGUAGCCCUAAAACAAAAUGGAUAGACUAGAGAAUGGCUGCGAGGGCAGGCGCGGACCUGCUGUCCCUCCACGGAGACAGCCCCCUCUUGAGGCAGCUCCCGGAAGCUUCCCGAGUCUACACCGCUCUCCUGAAAACAAAUGGACAAGGAGCAGGAGAAAAGGGUUGUCAGCGGCUGCUCCCACAUUUCUCCUGCUGCCCCGCCGGCCACUCCUGCCAGCCUGCUCUGUGAUUGGCCCUGCGUGGGAAGAAGUGUGGAAUUCGCAUCAGGUGGUUCUGGAGGUUCUGGAGGUUCUGGAGGUUCUGGGAGUGGGAUGGGUUCGCUCAGAUCCACCCGCCUCUCGCAGUUGCCGUGAAUGUCACUUGGUCCCCGGCUGACAUCUGAGCCCCUGUCCCUGCCACCCCAUGGGGCAAAGAAACAAUCAAACAAACAAACGUUUCUUGUGUGUUUUAACAAAAGUUUAUAAAGCGAAAUAAAUGGCGCAUAUGUUUUCUAA